UCACGAUUCUAAACUGUUUGUCAAGAUCCGUUAGUUAGUAAACUUUUUUUCUUCAACCACUUAAGCUGUGCGGUUCCAACAAAUUAACAAUGUGCGACUAUCAACACGAAUACUCUUUUGUCUUUGAGGACUCCUGCUGUGAGAGCGGCGAUGUCUCCAUGAUUAUAGUGGACAAUGGAUUUGAGUCCAUGUGGCAGCAAAUUGGCGAAGAGUUGAGACACGAACAGGAAAUGGGUGAUCUGGACCAACUUUUUCAGCACACAAUGCGUUUAAGUCCGCAAAUACAAAUGGAACAAAUGGAGUGGAAAUUCUAAGACUAACAAAACAAACAAACAAAAAAACAGCACUAGAAGAAAAACUUGUGAUAAUCUUUGAGAAUUAGUAAUAAGGGAUAAUUAUUGCAUGUAUUUAUUUAUUUUUAUUUUUUUUGGAAUUUUGUCAAUUGCCAGUCAAUUGAAUUUCGUUUUUUCAUGGGGUCUAACUCUAAUAUUUUCAAAUUGUCCGUUUUCGAAUGUUUAUUCUUGUGAUUAAGCCAACAAAAUAUCGUUAAUUUAUUGUAUUAUGUAAAAGAUUUUCGAUGUUAAUUGUAUAUUGAUAACUAAGAAAAAGUUUAAGGGAAAUGUUUUAAUUCUUGAAUUUGAAUUUAAAAUUUCAUUAGAUUUUAAAUGUUUUGUAUUAUGUUUACAAUCUGAUGAUGUCGAAACAAAAUCAUUCGAAUAAUGUUAAAAAAAGAAAAAUUCAGUUAGUAAUAAACUUUCGCUGGGUUGAAUAAGAGAGAAAAAAUUUGAUUGUUUUCCCACAUUUAAUUCGAUUCAA